AGCACAGCUGCGCUCAGAGCGAAAGAUAAUGAGCUGGGCUAAGCCCCGCCCACAAUCUCACCCGUUGCUUUACAGAUAGUCGAGUCUGUCGAGCUGAGACUAACAACAGCCUCUAUUGGGUCUACUGUGGUUUCUACGCUCAGACUGCCGUGAAGUGGAAGCUCCCCUAAAAUGCUUUCCUUGGCCAUGGCGGGCCGAGCAGUACUCCCAAGACUUGUGACAGGAAGAUGGAAGACAUUUUUGAAGGAUGGAAGAUGUUUCACUACCUCAGCUUCUCACUGGAACACUUCAUCCUCACCUUCAGCCCAUCAGAAGACCCCAUCCUAUAGCUAUGUGGUUGUUGGAGCAGGGUCAGCAGGCUGCGUCCUCGCUAACCGCCUCACAGAGGACGCACAAGAGUCUGUCUGCCUCUUGGAGGCCGGGCCCAAGGACAAGUGGUUAGGUAGCUCACGACUCUCAUGGAAGAUCCACAUGCCGGCUGCACUGACCUACAACCUCUGUGAUGACAAGUAUAACUGGUACUACCACACUUUACCUCAGGCCCAUAUGGACAACCGGGUGAUGUAUUGGCCCAGGGGACGUGUUUGGGGAGGGUCCUCCUCACUUAACGCCAUGGUUUACAUCCGUGGACAUCCAGAGGACUACAACCGCUGGCAGAGAGAGGGUGCCGAGGGGUGGGACUACGAUCAUUGUCUACCUUACUUCAGGAAAGCUCAGUGCCAUGAACUAGGUGAAAACAGGUAUAGAGGUGGCAGUGGACCUCUUCAUGUGUCUAGAGGAAAGACCAACCAUCCUCUGCACAAGGCUUUUAUUGAAGCAGGGCAGCAGGCAGGAUACCCCUUCACAGAUGACAUGAACGGAUACCAACAGGAAGGCGUUGGCUGGAUGGACAUGACCAUAUACAAAGGAAAGAGGUGGAGCACUGCCAGCGCUUACCUCAGACCGGCCCUGAGUCGACCCAACCUGAAGACAGAGGUGCAAUGCCUGACCACAAAGGUCUUGUUUGAUGGGAAACGUGCUGUGGGAGUGGAGUAUGUGCAGAAUGGAGAGAAAAAGAGAGUGUUUGCAGAUAAAGAAGUGAUCUUGAGUGGAGGAGCCAUCAAUUCUCCUCAGCUUCUCAUGCUUUCUGGUGUAGGAAACGCAGAUGAACUGAAAGACCUUGGAAUUCCCAUCAUUCAACACUUGCCAGGCGUUGGUAAUAAUCUGCAGGACCACUUGGAGCUGUACGUCCAGCAGCAGUGCACUCAGCCCAUCACCUUGUACAAGGCACAGAAGCCUUUCCACAUGAUCAAGAUCGGUCUUGAAUGGCUCACCCUUUUUACCGGCUAUGGAGCUACAGCCCAUUUGGAGAGCGGAGGGUUUAUCCGCAGUCGACCGGGUGUCGCACACCCUGACAUUCAGUUUCAUUUUCUGCCUUCUCAAGUCAUUGACCAUGGUCGGGUUGCUUCAAAGAUAGAGGCAUAUCAGGUCCAUGUUGGACCAAUGAGAAGUGUUAGUGUUGGCUGGAUGAAGCUAAAAAGUCCCAAUCCGAUGGAUCAUCCGAUUCUUCAACCAAACUACCUCUCCACUGAUAUCGAUGUGUGGGAAUUCAGACAGUGUGUCAAACUGUCCAGAGAAAUUUUUGCCCAGAGGGCCUUUGAUCCACUCCGUGGUACUGAAGUCCAACCCGGUCCCCAGGUCCAGUCUGAUGCAGACAUCGACGCUUUUGUCCGCCAGAAAGCUGACAGUGCCUACCACCCCUCCUGCACCUGCAAAAUGGGCUCCGCCACCGAUCCAAUGGCGGUGGUGGACUCAAACGCCCGGGUGUUUGGUCUGGAGCGGCUGCGUGUGGUCGACGCCUCCAUCAUGCCGAGCAUUGUGAGCGGGAACCUGAACGCCCCCACUAUCAUGAUCGCAGAGAAGGCAGCCGACAUCAUCAGAGGUCGGCCUCCCCUUGAGGACCAGGGGGUCCCUGUGUAUGAGCCUCCGACAUUGGAAACGCAGAGAUGAUCGGUAGACCGUCAAUUUGGUGAUUUUACUCUACGGUCAUUUCUCUUUUAUGAGCACUAGUGAAUUUAAUCAACACAAAUCAAAAACUGUGACUUAGUUUUGUUUACACACAAAUAACACUUUGUACUCUUUUUAAUGUGGAAGUGAAGGAGCCAACAGGUCAGUCUGAUAAUGCUGACUUGAUCAGAUUAGAUUCAUGCAGUCGAAUUUUUACCGUAGCUGAAUUUUAAAGCACUGCCCACAUCCACACUCUCACAUCAUACAAGCCUCACUGUUCUAUAUGCAGACAUUAUUACUUUCUGCCUGAUGGCAGCCGUGCUGUAAAUACAAAUGAUCCCUUGCAAAAUCCAAACGAUACCUGGAAGUGCCUUAUUUAACUAAACCCCUGGUUUAAAAAUGUUUUAUUUGCAUCUACUAAUGAAUAUUCAUGAGAAAGGCUAAGCAUACCCACAGACUGUUCAUCUCAACUGCACUCUCUCCCCAGUUAGCUUUAAUCUAAUCAUUUAAAACGUGCCUUUAUUGUCACAAACAGCAGCUGUAGAACUAAUGCAGAGAAAGAUAAACAAAAAACAAACUAAGCUUUCUUGUUUUAACUUGAAAUAGUUUGGUCACUCCAAACCCACUGACAGCACACAGAAAAUGUAUCUUAAUAAAUCUGGUUUACAGCUUCUCUCAGAUAAGUGUGCUUUGCAGUCAUUCCUCUUGUCUACUGAUCCGCAGCCUGCAGGGUUAGAGCACAUGUCUAGGCAGAACACUUUUUAUUCUUCUUGACCAACAUAACCUUCAUCUUCCUUCCUGAGAAACCUGCAACAGUUCAGCUCAUUUGCCUAGGUUUGUUUGCCUAGGUUUAAACUAUCAAGAUAAGUUUGUGCUCGGUUCCACUUCGGGUUAACCUUAUCUUAGAAAAACUGACAUUUUGUGAUGCGAGCAUUACAUCUGAUUUUGGUUUUAGGAGAAGAAUAGCACUGACUACUGAGAACACAUGGUGAGAAAAGGCCUGCCUACGUCAACACUAACCACUGCAACAAAAGUUUUUCCAGGAUAUUUAAAUUUUUAUCCAAAAAAAAUACCUUGCGUAUUUCAAAUCAUAAAAAUAAAAAAUUAAACUGUAAGAAACGUAUGUGAACAAAACAACCUGCCUUGCUAACACUAAUACACCGGUUUACACAGCCAUACAAGUUACCUUUUUUUUUUUUUUUUUUUUUUUUACAGCUUUUUACAAUAUGAUGUAUUCAUAUAUCAACAGUGCACAACAUUCAUGGUCUAAAGUCACCAUUUAGGGGUCAGAGCUCAAUGAGGUUACAUUCAUUUCCUUGUCUAAUAUUGAGAAUAUGUUGAGAAUAGGUGAACAAAACGCAUCUUAAGUUGCUUAAAAGGGAUGAUUGUUUACGAAACCCAAAUUAUUGCAGCCAUGCAUGUUAAUAAUUCCAACUCUGGUUAUUAGUUAAAAUCUAUGCUUUGCAAAGUCUACCUUUUUCUUUACUUUAUUAUUUGAAUAAAAAGUGUUUUAAAUUGCUGAUCUGCUUUGGAAAACCAUGAAAAAGCUCAUUGUAAUUCAUGGUUUUCAGAUUUUAGUGUUUUUUGGUUCUAAGAAACUAACAUGUUAAGUCUCCUUUUAAAGAAUUGUCCUUAGUUUGCCUGGACAAUAACACAUGUAGAUCUAUGACGCCUAUGCAGUAACAAUAGCUAAGUAUCAACCGUUGCUAAUUAUGUUCAUAUAAAUCAUUUUCUCUUUACUAAAUACUUUGACCCAAGCAGAUUCUAUUUUAUUUAAUUUUUGUAAUUCUUUUAAUAUUGCAAAUGUUAACUUAUAUGAUUAUGUUGAAAUUUAUGAAAAUGGAUUAAGGGAAAUGAAGGUUUUUAAAUAUAAUGAAAAUAUUCACAAAGUGUCAUGAGCUUAUCAUUAUAUUGUCAUAUCAGUGUUAAUGUCAACGUGUUUGAUUCACAUUUUCUACGAUUUUUCUUCUCAUUGAUAUUUUAAGUAUUACAUUAAGUCAAUUAAUCACUGUUAUAAGCUAUCAUGGACCAUAUUAUCACCUGUAUUGACCUUUAUUGUCUGCUUUUGUAUUUCUCAGCUGAUAUUUAUAACAGCUGUUGUUUACACUCUGCAGUGUUGUGCAAUGAUGUAUUAACCAUGUUUUGUUUUCUUAUGAAGAGCUAAAUGUGAGUCACAAAAGGAGAUUUUCUGUCAGUGGAACAAACCUUUUUUUUAUUUCGUUGAUUUUUUUCCACUUUUUUCACCGCAUUGAUUGUCAACAAACCGUCCUGACUUCGUCUUUCAACUUCAUUUAGCGAUAACUACAAAAACCAGCGGAUGCAUUGUCAUUUCAGGCAAAAAUUCAAAUAUACAAAACAAGGAUGUUGUUUCUGUUGGUACAAAAUCUAGAAGGUAUUAAUUAUGCUACAAAGUAUAUGAAGACAACUUUCUAUUUUUUUUUUUAUACAACAAAUUGUUAGAAAGCAGAAAUCUUCAAGUUAUUUGUUAUAAACACUAUACAGAUUUUUUUUCUUACAUUUCAUAGACUUCAGUAAAGCAGUGUUUUAGAAAAAAUAAAGCUGUGUUGCACAUCAAA